AUGAAGACUGCUCGCCCUUAUCGGUCUCACAAGUAUCCCGCGUGCACGCGCUGUCACAAGCGCCGCUCACGAUGUACCAUCGAAGUCCCCGGUCAGGCUUGCUUACUCUGCCGCAUGCAUGGCGUGCCAUGUUCUUCUGCCACGGCCAAAAAGGACGAACGGGUUAGUCCCAAGAUUGGAUUCGUUCAUAGAUCGCUCCUUGCCGACGACAAACACCUGGAGGGCGUUUCGCACAUCGUAGGCCCAGUCGUCGCCCGCGACACGCAGAUCCUGGACCGAUAUCUGCCCCAGGCAAACGGCGGUGCUGGACACGUCCCCAUACAACCGAAUAUCGGGCGCCGAGAGUCCACCAAGCCCAUCUAUCAUAUCCCUGUUCCUCCUCGAAGGCCUAGUCCAACCGACUGCAAUUGCAGCAGGAACCUCCCAGACGAACUCGUAGACCAGGUUGAGCCUUUUGUCGAGAAAUUGCUCGCCAACUAUUACGAGAAUGUCCAUCCUUGCUACCCCAUUACCGACGAGGAGUGCGUCAUGUCAAAGCUUAAAGACCGGGACACCAUAUCCUCGACCUUCUCUAUCAACCUAAUCGCGUAUGCACUGUCUUACUGGGACUUGUCGCCGUCACUUGGAGCGUAUGCCAGACCCGACCAGGAUUUUGCAUGGCAGACUUCAGUGGCAGCGAAUAUAGCCGAUAUGCAAAAGGGUGAUUUGGCCACUAUCACGUCUCUUUGCCUAGAUGUCGCAGGCCGGCCAUCCCGAUGUCUGCUCCACAACGUCAGCAAUGUCGCUCGAGCAGUCGCCUUGUCGCACGCAAUAGGGCUGAACCAUGACUGCGGGGAAUGGAAGCUGGCCGACACGGAAAAGAGGCUUCGCUGGAAAGCGUGGUGGGGGGUAGUGAUACAGGAUAGAUGGUUCAAUUUCGCCCAGGGCACGCCUCCGUACAUUUCAAAAGGCCAUUACGAUGUUCCACUACCGACCAUGGACCUCCUCACCUACGGGAGAAGCGCUUCGUCGAGGCACGCUCGUGGAGCAGAGGUCUUCAUCCACUUGUGUCGCCUUACGGAGAUUGUCGGCGAUGUCCUCCCGCUCAUCUACCAUAUUCGCUCAGGCAACGACAGCAUAGCCGCCGAGCAGACGUCGAGGUCAGAGAUCGAGCUCAACCGAUGGGUCGAAGGGCGUCCGCAGUGGCUGAGCCUAACCGAAUUCCACACUCGUCCUCCCGUACCUGGCCUUCUCAACCUACAGCUCUCCUACCUCUCAGUCCGCAUGCUACUUCGUCGCAUAGCGUGGCACGAAAUCAGCCAACGAGAAAGCGACCCUUCUUCGUCCUGGUUGCUCGGAUGCCAGACGGCGGCGGAGGACAUUGUGCGCUUCGUGAGCACGCUGAAAAAGCAGGACCUGAUGGAAUUCUGGAUGCCAUAUAAUGCGCACCACUUCACAUCCGCUGUGACUCUCCUUCUCCGUUGCGCACUGCAGACAAGCUACUCGAAUGUGCGGGUUCAAUGUAUGGCCAGCGCGAGGACGCUCGUCGACUGCUUGAAACGCUUUCACGAAGAGGACAAAUGGGAUCUUGCAGAGACGGCCCUGUCGCAGAGCGAGUCCAUCUUGAAAAGGAUUGAAGACGCUUUGCCCAGGACGCCCAUGGCAAGUACGCCGAUCAUGCCCUCUCCCGUGCAGAAUGAUCACAUGGACACUCGAAUCUACAUGGGCAACGAUGACAUGCUGGAGGAACCUCUUCCGGAAGAGUCGUAUCUUUUGCCCCAGGGUCAAGGGUCAAUUGAAGAUUUGUUUCCCGAGAUCUUUUCGGAUUUCACGGAUACUGCUCUUUUCACGGGAUCAGCUCUUUUCAAGGAAACAUGA